AUGGUUACAGAUACAGAUCAAGCAAUGCUUGAUGCAAUACCUGAAGUGGAAGAAAUUAAGAAAGCAGUAUUUGAUAUGUACUCAAACAGUGCACUAGGGCCUGAUAGCUUCUCAGGCAUGUUCUAUAAAGCAUGUUGGAAUAUAAUUCAAGCUGAUUUUGUUAAAGUUGUUCAAUACUGUUGGAGAAGAAGAUACAUUCCAAAGGGCCUCAAUUCUAAUUUCUUGGUAUUAUUACCUAAAGUUCAAGGAGCAAAGAAGUCAAACCAAUUCACACCAAUUGGUUUAAGCAACUUCAGUUUUAAAGUUUUCACAGAAAUUCUCUACACCGGAAUGAGGAGUCUAGUAUGCAAGUUGGUAUCUCCACAACAAGUAGCUUAUAUUCAAGGAAAAAGUAUUCAUGAACAAAUUAUGGUAGCUUCUGGAUUAGUUAAUGAAAUGAAAAAGAAGAGAAGGGGAAGAAAUGUAGGUUUGAAGUUAGACAUUUCUCAAGCCUAUGACUCAGUAAGCUGGAAUUUUCUAUUCAAAGUUCUUCAACAGUAUGGCUUCUCAUCUACUUGGUGUGAAUGGUUGAGAAUUUUAUUUUCCUCAGCAAAUAUUUCAGUGAUGGUUAAUGGAGGGCCAAAUGGCUUUUUCUCAAUGCAAAGAGGGAUUAAGUAA